AUGUUCCGCGCUCGGCCAAUAUCGUCCGACGUCUCGGCCAAAGUCCACGGCCGAUCCACGUACACGACCCGGGAAACAUUGUCCCGCGGUCGGCCACAUUUCACGCCACCGCGCACGACCGCCGCGCGAGCCGGGAACAAGCCUCGCGGCCGCGCAACUCAGUACCACGGCCGAUGCAUCCGUCCGAGCCGGGAAGUCGUCCCACGUCCGGCCGAGACCAUCGGCCAAAUUCAUCCGCCGACCCGCGGCCGACCGAAAUCCGGCCCCGACCGUUCCGACUCGGCCCCAGACCCGACUGUCCGGCCGACCGUCCCGACCGACCGUCCGAACGCCGCGGUCGACCCGAAGCCGUUUUUGAAGCCCAAUCCGCACAAUUCAAGCCCAAAGCCGGCGCCGACCUAG